CCCGGGGCGCUCGGAGGAGCGGGCGGCGCGCGCGGGGCGGUUAAACGGCGGCGGAGCCAGCAGAGAGAGCCUUGCGCUCCCACCCGCACGGCAGCCAUGAGUGACCGAAAGGCGGUGAUCAAGAAUGCGGACAUGUCCGAGGAGAUGCAGCAGGACGCGGUGGAGUGCGCUACGCAGGCCCUGGAGAAGUACAACAUCGAGAAGGACAUCGCAGCCCACAUCAAGAAGGAGUUUGACAAGAAAUACAAUCCCACUUGGCACUGCAUCGUGGGGAGGAACUUUGGCAGCUACGUGACUCAUGAGACCAAGCACUUUAUCUAUUUCUACCUCGGCCAAGUCGCUAUUCUUCUCUUCAAGUCUGGUUAGAAUCAUGGACUGUUACUGAACUUGCGUCUGGUUACAGGACUGAGUGCUGACUCCUGACUCGUUACUGCAGCCUUCCUGAGGACACAGACCUUGAUCUCCAAGGGCGAUGGCAGGGAUUAUGCUGUAGUAAUCAUGUUACAUUGUGGAUAUAAAAGGAAAAAUACCAAAAAAAAGUCUUCCUUGUAUUUAUUUUAUUUUUCAGAAGGCUGCUUCUUUCCUAAUAGAACUGUUGGAACAUUUUUGCCUUUGAGAGGUUUAUAGCCAUCUGCGUUAGUGCCUGGUUACUGCUUGUGCUGUGUAAGUACUGUCUGUGUUUGGUUCUUUCUGUGCCAAACCUCUCCCAUUCUCUUGGUUUGGGACGUUUCCCUCUCGCGUUGCGGGAUGUGCUGCCUGCAGCUGGAGCUUUCCUGUUGCUGCUACUCUCGGGAGCCGCUUUGGCAAAUAAAAGAAUGCACUGUGCUGCCAGACUGGGCUGGGAUCUGGACCAUGCGGUUGGGGAUCAGGGCCUGGGCGAGGCCACCGGCACCAGGAGUGUGGAGAGGGCGGUUGGGCAGUGUCCGUGUCCCAGGGGACUCCAGCUCCCGGCGCGCUCUGCGGCAGGUGAAGAACGGCUCCAUUUGGGACACUGCCACUGCUGGGAGUGACUGGUUGCCAUUACCGGGCCGUGCUCGCCUGCCGUGUCAUUGGUGCCGCAGUGCUUGGCCUGUGCAGCCUCCACCCCUGGCAGGAGCCGCCAAGGUGUGCCCCCAGCAGUGAAUGGCAGCAGCUGCAAUCCACCCGGGCCAGUGCUGCUGUAGGGCUGUGAGCCUGACGGUGGCAAAGGCUGGCUGGGGAGGGCUAGGAGGGCUGCAGCAGUGGGUGCUGGGGUUUGGGAGGGCGGUGGCAGGGCUGUGUUGCUCUGAGCUGGAGUGCCUGGAGAGCUGGAGCUUGAUGUGGGCGGGCUGUGAGCCCCAGCUCCACCAGCUUUGAGUGCGGCUGGGCCUGUGCCUCUGGCAUAGCUGGCAAAGCACUGCCCAGGCACGACAGUUGGCACGGUGUUGGGGAACAGAGAUCCUGGACGAUUGCUGCAUCUGCAGCUUUGAGUUCUUAUUAUUGUUUGUCCAUGAGUGGUCAAAUGGCUGUGGUAAAGGACAUGGAUGUGUCCAGAGAGAUGCAGCAAGAUGCUGUGGACUGCUGUUUUGGCUAUAGAGAAAUCUAAUGCUGAAAUAGAAAUUGCAGCCCUUAUGAAAAGGGUAAAUGAUUGCUUGUAACAUCCCCUUGUUGAACACUGUCCACACCAGAACCCAACCAAGGUGGGUGUCGCAACACUUCGGAAAAGCAAAUUUUGUGAACACAAGAUACAUUUGACUUUUCCCAUGGGCUGGUAUCCUUGUGCUCCUUGUCCCACCUCUUAAAUGUACCUUUCCUAGUUUGUUUUGGAACACCUUCAAUUUUUAAUUAUUUUUUCACCAUCUCAUUGUCCAGCAGACUAGAAUGGUGCCUGCUGGCCUUUCUCAGUGUGCUGGUCAGCUGGUAGAACAUACAGACCUUUUGAAGUCUGCCUGAAUUUUCCUUUCAGCCUUUUUUUUUUAUUGAGUCCUUGACUGAAAUUGUGUUCAAAUUAGCUCUAAGGUCCUGUGCAUAGUUCUAUAAUAGCUGUGCAGGGCUGGCUGGUUGAGAAUUUGCAGGGGAAAUUAAUUUUUCUGCACAUCUUCUGUAUUUGUUUCUUUUUGUGCUGAACCAUACCGCAAUCCUGUGUCUUGGAGCACUGUUUGUCUGGUGUGCACAGAAUACCUGUUUUUCUAUGUGCAUGAAGAGAACAGAUGCACUCGAGAUUUGGUUCUGAUAACUUUAUACUCUUGAGAUGGCAAAGCAGAAAGAAAUCUAAGGAUGUCGGUGGAGGUUGAAUGUUAGAUGGAUCUGCCUGGAAGACCUAUUUGAGAAGUUAUUCAACUAUACAUUACAGUUGCCUCUGUUGGGGAGGUCUCCUUUCCUGUCCCCCUGACAGAUGUAAAAGGAGGCUUAUUUUUAUGUCCUGCAAGACCGACAUUCUAUGUUACUGGAGAACAGGGGAUUAGAGCUCAUCAAAUUUUCUUUGAGGCACCUCACUGGAACCUGGGGAGUUGUGGUGAGGAGAUAACUUAUCCAGGGUCAUAAUAACUGAUCAGAGAUACUCACAUGCUCUCACGGAGAUUUUCCUCAUUUGAGAACUCUGAGAUGCGACAGUAGGUAAAUAACUGACUGGAAUGUUCUGCUUUUAGCAGAGCUGUGCAGUUUGGCAUUUGAAUCGUGCAGUAGUUUGCCAAGUGUGAUAGCACAACAGUGCGUGACCUGAUGCUUCAGCGGUGUAGUUUGAGAACAUAGGGUGACUUGGGGAACUGCAGUCCCUGGGGCUUAUUCCCACUCAGCUGGGAAGAGCUGUGGGAUUUCUUUUUGUGCUGAAGCAGCAGGUGAGGUGUAAGAAGUAACACGGUCCUUAUGCUCGAAAGCACAUGCUGCUGUUUAAUCGCCUUUUCAAAGUGAUACUUGUUAACAAGAGGGACACAAUGACAAAAAAUCUGUAGUCAACUUUUGGGUGAGAAAGUUGCUGACACUGAGUUUGGAGCGAUCUCUUCUGCAGGAGUCUGAGAAGGAACACAGUCCUGCUUGGCA